AUGGAGAGUGCUCGUGAAACAGGAGACGACUUUGGGGAUGAACUUGCGACGCUAGGAGCAGCAUUUGAAACUGACAAUCACGACUUCUUCUUCCUACACUACAAGCCGGCGGACUCGGCGGGCGAGGACGGCGACUUCGAGGGCAAGGUUGAGGCUCUGGAGGAGUUGAAUUCCAGGGUUCCUGAGAUCCUGCGACUAGAACCGGAUGUACUGGUGGUCGCGGGCGACCACUCGACGCCGGCUGUGCUGAGAGGCAUAGCUGGCAUCCCGUGCCGAUCGCCAUAG